AGUCGCAUUCCGCGAAACAACGCGACCUGUCGUCAAACACAAUAGCUAUAUAGUCUGUGCGAUUUUGAAUUACCGGCUUUUGAUUCGAUAUAUAUUCUUUUUAAUCUGUGGCUGGCCAUGCCAUUUAAAACUUUAAGCGGGAAUUUAUAAUAUUAUCAUAAGUGUUUAAAAUUAUUUUUAGUAAUAAAUGGUAAUGUAGGUUUUAAGUGUUUCUAUGAUGAUUUGGUGUCGAAUAUUGUUCUUAGCGGUUCUUACAUCUGUUUGGGAUCAAUCGCGAGGUGACUUUUCUAUAGACGAUGGUCAUGAAGAGUUACUCAAUUAUCUCACAGAAGCUGAAAAAGUAUUCUUGUUUGGAGCCAGUGAUCAACAUCCCGAAUUCGAGAUUGCACACAUAAGACACCAGAAACGUCGCAAACGGUCUUUGUCGUAUGAGAAUCAAGAUUUAAUUACGAUAAAACAACAGUUGGACCUGAAACUAAGCCCAAAAAGCAGCUUUCUCGAUCCGCAGUUCCUGCUAAUGAAAAGAUGGUCUAAUGGUACUGAAGUUAUAUUAGACCAGCAUACAGACGAGGAGGUCGAUGCUUGUUAUUAUAAAAGUGAAAGUGCAGCAUUGUUUGUUUGUGAUGGACUGCGGGGACUGAUUAAAUCUAACGACAGUUAUUAUUCUAUACACCCACUGCCAGAAAGAUUUCACCACGGAAAUACAAAAGCACACGUUAUAAUAAAACGUCAAAUUGAUGAUUCAAAUGCAAAUACUGAAGGCAAUUGCAUAGAGAGACAUUACAUCAAAGAACAAUUUGAAGAUUCCCCUGAAAUAACUAAAACUUGGUCAAAACAUCGACGAAAACGGAGCAUUGAGACCAACUUUAAUAAUCUAGAUAAGUUUAAGUUAGAUUUAAUACAUAGAAAUAAGACUAUAGGAGCGUUUAUUGAUAAACUUAAAACAGAAGAAAGGAGACAGAAAAGAGCUGUUUUACCAGCCAUUUUUGUGGAAACAGCAGUGUUCGUAGACAGAGAUUUGUACAAACAUAUGACUGUAAAUUUUCCAAAGGAAACAGAAAGAGAGUUAGUUAGAUUUGUAUUAGCUAUGAUAAACGCAGUACAAUUAAUUUACCAUGAUCCCAGUUUAGGAAGACCAGUGAACUUUAUCCUAAAGCGACUCGAAAUUCUUCAUGAAGAUCCUUCUAAUUUGAAGCGGCCCCAUGAUAUUGAUAGAUUUCUGAGUAACUUCUGCACAUGGCAAAGACUUGAGAACCCUCCAGGAGAUAAUGACCCAUUGCAUUGGGACCACGCCCUGAUUUUAACCGGAUUAGAUUUGUAUGUCGUCAAUAAGAAUGGGAAAGUAAGCAGUCAAGUUGUUGGUUUAGCCCCCGUUGCUGGUAUGUGUACAGUGACCAGUAGUUGUACUGUCAACGAAGGAAGGCAUUUUGAAAGCGUAUAUGUGGUCGCCCACGAAAUAGGACAUAACUUAGGUAUGCGCCAUGAUGGCCCCUUAGCUGAUAACGGUUGCGAUCCAAGCGCUUACAUAAUGAGCCCAACAUUGGGAAGCGGAAAAAUAACCUGGUCACAGUGCAGUAAAAACUAUUUGGAUAAAUUUUUAGACUCAUCCCAAUCGCGAUGUCUACUCGACCAUGGGAACUCCGCAGGACAAUUGGACCAUAGUGCUGAAGGCCUACUUCCAGGAGAACGAUUUGACGCUGACCAACAAUGUAUGCUGAAAUACGGUCGAGGCAGUCGUCAUUCCGGAUCCCAGAACUUAGAAGACAUUUGUAGGGACCUGCAUUGCCAACGGGAGCGAUACACCUGGACGUCACAUCCGGCCCUUGAGGGAACACGGUGCGGGGAAGACAUGUAUUGUCGUGGCGGAGAAUGUGUUGAUCGCUGGAGUGGUGUCUCCCAUAGCGAAGGGCGUUGGGGCCGGUGGUCGCGUUGGUCUGAUUGUGCGUCUGCGUGUUUGUUGGAUGAUGCGCACGCGCCGGCUGCUAGCGGAGUUGCGUUUGCCACUCGACGCUGUAAUAGAGGCAGAUAUGAAAACGGCAAAAGCUAUUGCCAUGGACACGACAAAAAAUAUCAAUCAUGUAACGCCCACCAGUGUAACAAUGUUCCGAGAAUGACUGUUCGAGAGUUCACCGAUCAAAUAUGUUCACGCGCACGCGAAGUAGACCCAGACUUGAUCGGAACUGGUCUUCAGAGAUUGGAUGAUGACGAUGUAAGCAGCGCAUGCGCAGUAUGGUGUGACACCAGAGGUGGCGGUUACAAGUCUCGCGGGUGGACUCUACCAGAUGGCACUGCCUGUUCCACGUUCUCGCCCAUGUUCUGCAUAUCUGGAAUUUGUAGGAAAUUCACAUGCGGCACCGGUCCGGAUACUGAGUUUUCACAGCGUGCAUCAGAUUGCGAAUGGGAGGCUUUACAGCUGCAAACCGCAACGCCUCAUACCACUUCAACUAAAACGUCAGGCACAUGGCGCCGUGCGGUGGGUUCGCAAUGGAGGGCAACCAGCGGCUGUCAUUAUAGAUGCAUCGCGGGAGGAACCGGGUUGCGUCUAGUACAGUCCGCUACUACGCAUAGGGACAAUAUUCAAAUUUGCCAACCGGAUGUGGGGCGACCGCUGUCGGGAUGCAGCCAACGAAUGAGCCCAUAUCAAUAUGCAACAAUAGUCUGCAGCAAAUACAAGGAGAGAGUGAGACGACUAUCUGGUUUGGGGAUGCAAAUAUCUCCUGCAUUAGAGGACCCAGACCGUCCAUGUCGAAUCGCAUGUCAGGACGAAAGGGUUAGCCACAGGUUCUAUCUCGUGAACGGACAAGAAGGCUGGUUCCCUCUCGGCACCAGCUGUGGGAAGAACAAUGCCUCCUACUGCGUCAGUGGAAAAUGCUUGGAGUUCGGGCCAGACAACACUCCGUUAUCAGAGUCUGUAUUCACACUUCCACUUCUAAGUCGAAAUGCAACGCGACGCUCUUCGCGACACAAGCGCAGCGUCAUCAGAGAUCGCAUCACAGUCAAAGCCACACUCGAUAGAAAACAAAUCGAAGACAUUAUUGCCAGACUCAACUUUACAAACAAAGUCAACGAACAUCUCUCAUACAUGGACACGAUACCAGAAAAUAUUCAGCUCGACUUCACCAACCCCAUACAUAUCGCCCCAGAUCAGACAUUGAUCAAUAAAGUCGCGCGACCAACUUGGGAUUGACUUCUGGUCUACUACAUUAAUUUACAUCCAAAGAAAUGUAUACUCGUUAGAAUGGCCACUUUCAUACUAAGUUAAAGGAAUAAAAUUGUUCAGAUUUGUUCAGAUUCUAUAUCGAAAAAUGUUAGAAAGAGCCGUCUGCUGUUUGAACUAUCAGUACAGCACAGUAGUAUUUGUUAUUUUGACAACACUAUUACAUCAUUAUAGUUCAACUGUAAACUUAAUUCAGGAAAUGGAAAGUUUGUGAAUAAAUUUUCCUGUCUGCCUGUGUUUUUUUGUAAUUUGUAAGUUCCAUUUGUGUGUAAAAUUUGUAACGUAUUUUCCAUUAUGUAUUUUUAUGUAUGCAUGUGGUUUUAGAACUUCAGUCUCGUCUGUCAAAUAUGUCAAACUACAUACAGAAAAUAUGUAAGUAGAUUUAAUUGAUGUUCCAGGAGGCCUCAGUAAAAUUCAUAGAUAUUGACCAUAACUUAUUUUUUUUACAUUUAUAGUCCUGAGUUUAAGUAUAGAUUCUAGUAACCUUAAAAAAUAUGACAUUAAAUGUGUUGUCAUGGAAUGUAUGUACACAGUGCUUAGGCGACGAAGGCUUUAUAUUCUAAUCUUAAAUCUAGUUUCAAGAGUUGUCAAACCAUUUUUUGUAUGAAGUUUGACACUUUUAACAGCGCUCAAGAUGAGAUGACUUGAGAUACGAAUUAGAUUAUGGAUCUAUGACUCCCGUUUGUCAAAAUCUAACAUUUUUGACAUUUUGAGUCCGACUUAGUGGUGUCUUGAUUCUAAAUAUCAAUUUGAACAAAAUGUGAUUGAUUUUACAAAGAUAUAUUAUUUUGGUGCUAAUGUGUUGUGUAUCAGAUAUAGUCACACAUAGACUGUACAAUUAUUGUGAUGUUAUUUAUAUUUAUGUUAUUUUCCUAUUAAGAUAAUAAACGUUAUUUUUAA